AUGACUGAAAUCGACAGUACCCGCAUCCUGACUCCCUUGUCACCCACCUACAUGCCUUACUUCCCGCCCCACCGAUCCCCGCUCCACUCAUCCAGCAACACCCGCCAACGAGACGACUACGAGUUCAGCUCCUCACACUCAUCCCCCCCCUCCCCCUCGCCCCAAGUCCUAGUCACCCUGACCGACGACGAAGAUGGCGACGGCACGCUGCCCAAGCCCGACAGACUCACCGAAGGCUAUCCCGCCUGGGAGCUGCCCUUCGCCUCGGAGCCUGCCCUGGAAGGCGAACUCGAACAAGGCUUGCCUCCGCUCAAGAAACUCAAGCCUGAUCAGGAGGACACCCUCGUCGUCGGCACCCGCCCGCUCCUCAAGAACUCCCCCGAAGGGAUCGUCCUGCUCGGCGCCGUCAAAGGCAUCCUGACCAAGCGAGAAUCAUCCUCCACCCCUCACAGCCCUUCAGCAUCCAGCCCGAUCUGCCCGGAGACCUGCUUUGCACCAUGGUCCCGCCCAUCCGGCCUCGGCCUAACCACCAGCAGCAUCUCCACCCCGCACCAAUCGAGCACCCCUCUCUCACGACGGUCCUCCUCGGGUGCCUCCUCGGCCUGCGCAGGCUCGCUCAAGGCCGUCCGCUUCGCCUCCGGCCACGGCUUCCCCAACGGCCUGGGCGCCCUCGAGCCCAGCCUGCCCAUCCUGCCUGGCCAGGUCGAAGGCCCGGUCGCCGCCAUCAUGUAUCUCACGCACUCCGCCGAGGCUUACGACCGCUCCCCGAUCAUCGUCGAGAACGGCCUCCGGCUCCCGCCCCGGGCUAAGCCCGACGACGAGGACGACGUCGGCGAGGAGGAGUCCCACGAGGCUACGCUCAAGCCUGCCAGCCCCUCCAAGCCUCCCACCAGUCCGCAGAAGAAACGGCGAGCUAAGAUCAACCUCGAGCUUGCCAAGAUCAGCCCAGCUUCUCAGCUGUGUGCCUCUCCCGAAGCGCUCUCUCCCAGGGCCGACAGCGACCACGAGACGAGCAUCAACGCACUCGCUAUCCUGCCCUCCUCCGCCUCGUCUGGCGCCCAAUGGGGCCUCGGCAAAUGGUCCAGUGGCGAGGUCUUCGAGUCGUGUGACGCCCUCGGAGGCUUCUAA